AUGGAGGGGAGCGGUGGGCUGGCGGUACCAGAGGGCACGGCACAACUGUGGCUCGUGAGGCACGGAGAGACGGAGUGGAACGCCGCGCGGCGGCUCCAAGGACACACGAAUGAAGAGUGUCCCCUGAACGACCGUGGGAGGCGGCAGGCGGAGGCGGUAGCCAGCGCGCUCGGGGACUGGCACCGUCUGCUUGGACAGGGUGGCUUCCGCAAGCUGUACUGCUCCGACCUCGCGCGCGCCCGCUCCACCGCGGAUGCCAUCGGCGCCGCCACGGGCCUCACGCCCGACCCCGCCUUCUCCCAGGGCCUCCGCGAGCGGUGCAUGGGUGCGCACCUGGAGGGCCUGCACAUCCAUGAGGCGCCUGAAGCCGCGCCGGACGCGUGGAGGGCGUUCCGCGAGGGCCGGCCGAUCCCCGGGGGCGGCGAGAGCUCGCGGGAGAUGCGGCGCCGCGUGAUGACGACGGCGGCGCAGAUCGCGGCCACGCACCCUGGCGAGCGCGUCAUUGCAGGUGCGGCGCGCACCCACGCCUCGCGACGCAGCUCCGGAGGCCGCAGCACGCCGGGGAGUCCCUGCAAUCCGCACGCACGCAGAUCGGCCACGUCGGUGCUCUCGCUGGAUCUGCACGCGUCGCGCUGA